UAGCCAGUACCGCGACGGGCGUCGGACGGAGCACACGCGUGUUGUGCGGCAGUCGCUACCACUCGUGCUACCUGUGAACCUGUGUCCUGUGUUAUACCUCUAAAAGUACGUAAACAAAUCACAUUAACUAGCAGUGUUGUCAAGUGUGCCGUGAGUGAGCAAGCGUAAGGACGGGCGCACACCCCGGCUAGCCGAGUGAUACUUAAUCCGUUGCAGUCAGGGCGCAAACAUUCCAGAUCGAACAGCAUGUAGUGUUUUGCGACUGCGAACAAGUGUGAACGCGUCCAAAAACAUGGCCGACCUGUACGAGAACGACGCGACCGUCGACGACGAUGUCGGCUACGAAUACGACACUACCAAGAUCCCGGAGAUCGUCACCCCGGAUGAGAUGAACGAGUCUGGCUACCAGGAGGGUUCGGAGCAGAGUUACGGGGACCGCCGCGAUUCUAAGGAGGGUUUCGGUGGGGAGGUCGAUUCGGACAGUGGCGUGGAUGGUGUGAGCAGUGGGUGUAGUACCGCUGAUGACUGCCCGGUGGUGUCCAUCAACGAUGUGGUGGCGUACUACGAUGACAUACGGCCUCGAAGGCGGUAUGUGCCGCAGUUGAACUUCUACAGUGUGGACAUCGAGAGGAUGGCGCUGGACGUCGCUAUUGCUCAGAGUGAAUCGAGUUACACGUCCUCGGAGGAGGGCUGCGGAGGCGGCGAGCGGCACGCGGUGCUGAGCUACGAGCAGGUGCGGCGCCUCAACGACGUCAUGGACGAGGUGGUGGCCAUCCACGGGCGCGGCAACUUCCCCACGCUGCACGUGCGCCUGCGCGAGCUCGUCGCCGGCGUGCGCGCGCGACUCGAGGCGGCGCCCAGCGCGGGCGGCGCCGGCGUGGCCGUGCGCGACGUGCGCCUCAACGGCGGCGCCGCCUCCCACGUGCUCGCCGACCGCGCCCAGCCCUACUCCGACAUCGACCUCAUCUUCACCGCCGAGCUGCCCACGCACCGCCACUGCGACCGCGUCAAGGCCGCCGUGCUCGGCCACCUCGCCACGCUCAUGCCGCCCACCACGCCGCGCCGCCGCGCCAACCCCGCCGGCAUGAAGGAGGCCUACGUCUCCAAGAUGGUGCGCGUCAACUCCGACGGCGACCGCUGGUCGCUCAUCUCGCUCGGCAACUCGCGCGGCCACAAGUCCGUCGAGCUGAAGUUCGUGGACACGAUGCGCCGCCAGUUCGAGUUCUCCGUCGACUCGUUCCAGAUAGCGCUGGACUCGCUGCUGGCGUUCCACGAGUGCGCGCAGCUGCCGAUCGGGGAGAACUUCUACCCGACCGUUGUUGGGGAAUCCGUGUACGGAGACUUUGGAGAGGCGUUGCUGCACCUGUCAGAGAAGCUGAUCGCGACGCGGCAGCCCGAGGAGAUCCGCGGCGGCGGGCUGCUGAAGUACUGCGCGCUGCUGGCCAAGGGCUACCGGCCGGCGCGGCCGGACAAAAUCAAAACCCUUGAGCGCUACAUGUGCUCGAGGUUCUUCAUCGACUUCCCGGAGCUGGGCCAGCAGCGCGCCAAGCUCGAGGCCUACCUGCGGAAUCACUUCGUCGGCCGGGAUGAAGAGACGCUCAAGCCCAGGUACCUGAACCUCCUGCACGGCGUGGUUCGGGAGUCGACGGUGUGCCUCAUGGGGCACGAGCGGCGGCAGACGCUGGCGCUCAUCGAGGCGCUGGCGUGCCGCGAGCUGUGCGCGCGCACGCUCGUGCUGCCGGGCUACGUGCUCGCGUGCGGCGUGUGCGCGGCGUGCCCCGUGUGCCCCGCGUGCCCCGCCUGCGCCGCCGCCGCCGCCGCGCCCUGCUGCGACUGCUACCGGCCGGCGCUGUGCCCCGCGUGACCCAACGCGACCGCCCUCACGCCCACGAAUCGACGAUGAAUUUAGUGCCAAAUGUAUAUAAUACAAAUAAAAUAUAUCUGUACGAUUCCCAGCUGUACUAGCGAGUGUGACUUAGUGAUUCUAACGCUUCGUAUAGAGCCGUGUUCGCGGUUCGGCUGAUGCGAGUGCGGUGUUCGCCGAUUGAGCAGCGUGGAGUGUUAUGGUUGAUGAGUGACGAUUGGUGGAUCAGGGAGAUUAUUUGAUGGCAAGUACACGGCACGCUCAGUUUUGUUCACACGCAGCGGGCUUCAAAUAUGGAACUGCACUAAGCUUAUGAGUUGGAACCGAGUGGCCGCUCACUACCGCUUGACACUCGCACUCGCAACAGGCCAGGCGCGAACACGGCUCAGCUCUCGGCCCGUUUUUCUUUCGGCGGAGGGCGGGUCGGACCGAUCACGAUUAAGACGCGGACUCUGUCAAUUCGCAUUGCUCACUCUACACGAUCAAUUCGCACGUCAAUUGUCGCCGGCUCCGCUCGACUCCGCGCCGCGCUCGCCCGCGCCGCUCGUGAAAUAAUUUCUAGUCGUACUCCUUUCGUGUUGAUAACUUAAUAUGUUAGCAGUACGAAAAUUAUUAUUCACGCGAUUAAAUAAAUUGUAAAACGGACGCGCCGUAAGUAAGUCCGAGUCGAUGGUCUGCCUAUAAAAAAGACUAUUUAAUUAUUUUUAAGCUUUUUUUAUUAUUAAUGAUUAUGUCUCCAUAAAAGUAGUGGCAUGUCUCUCGCAGUCAAAAUCACGAGAUUUGGGUUAUUCUUGUUUGGAUGCACCGUUGAACGCAUGAUUAUUUUUAAUUGGCUUGUGCACCGAAGCAAGUAUCGCGCUAAUUGUAACUGAAUGGAAGAUUUGUAUAUUUUUGCAAGCGACAUUUUGAAGUAAAAGAAAUAAGUCCGGCCUUGUCCGAUGGCCUUUACGCGAGAAAUUCCGUUCUAUUUGAAUACAACGCGAUCGCAACGACCGCAGGCCGCGCGGCCGCCCGCAACUCUGUUCCUAUGGGGAUAUAAAGAACUAUUUUACUACGUAUUUAUUAAAUCUCAAAGGAUGUAUGUAUACACUUCUCUUUUUCGUGAUCGCUCUAGUAUUGUAUACGGCUUGGCAUACGAAGUAACAAAUUAAGAUAAAUAUAAACAUAUAAAAACAUAAAACCCAAAAAAAUAUUUAGAACUAAGGUGUGUACAAUAUUAAAGUUCACUCUUAAUAAUAAUGAUAAAACUAUAUAAAUAUUUUAAGAACAUUUACAAGUAGCAGUCAUGUUAGUAACAGAGUACUUAUGAACAUGUUUUUUUACUUAAUUAACUUCUCAUCAAUUACAGUUUAUAUUAAAGCAGUAGAUGGUAUGAAAAAAUGUGAUUUAAUUGUUGUAGAAUUAACCUGUUGUCGAAGAUUAUAUACCUACUUACAUUAUUAUGUAGUUUAAAUCCAAUAGAGAGAUAUACUAAUUGUUGUACUUUAAUGAGAUAUAGAUAUAUGAACGAUGGUGUAAACAAUGUCCGGCCAAAAUGUGCAUGUUUUUAGAUAAUUUGCGAAUGCAUUCAAAACUAAAUAUAGUAUAUGUAUACAAUAUAUUGCAUGGAUUACUUGUAGGGCAUGGAGUACGCGUUAGCCCCUAGAGCUCCGGAGUAAUCAAGUACAAUUCGCUUCUAGAGUAGUCUUAAUAUCGUUAAUACUUCGGAACAACCUUAUCGACUUUAUUGAACGAAUUUCCGACUUGCUCACUAUCGAACCAAAAUUUGAGAUCUCAUUUUUAUUAACUCCAUGAAAUUUUUAUGCGAUAGUAAGGGGCGGUCGCCUUCAAGGAGCUUCGCGAGCUGUUCCAAUCGCCUAGUAAGGAUUCUUCUUAGAAAUGUAUGCUCUUAAUUAAUGCUUUUGUAAAUUUACUUGGACAGUUGUGUGCAAAAGUCGGGGAAGUGAUGUGACUGGUGUAUGUCACUCGAUACUUGUCACUCGAUCACUUGCGAACAUCCUUGAGGGCGAACGGCCUUGACACCUCUUUUAGGCACGCGGUUUAGCUCGCAUCGGCGUCGGUCUUCGGCAAAUGCCACCGAGGCGCCGAUGCCAGCUAAAAGGUCAACGCUUCGUUCCACCCAUGAACGUUGGGCUUGAAUGUAACCGACAUUAAUUUUGUAACACCGAAGCAUAUCAGAUGCCUUCCCUCUCGUUCGAUUCUCACUGUAUUAUAUUAGCAUUAUAUAAGGCAUAACCACAUGGGCGAAACGAAACGCAGUGCCUUUCGAACAGUAUAGCCCUAAUUAGUCAUAGUUCUCAGUCGUCUGUACUUAUAAUAAAUGAAGUACAUAAUAUAGCUAUCGGAAUCUAAAGUAUAUUCCAUUAAUUUGUUAUAAGAGUGAAUGUAAGUUAAUUAUCACUAGUGUUACUUCUCGCUAUAUCGAGACAGGCGUCUAAGUUGUGAUUUGAAGUCUUUUUGACAGGUAUUUUAACGUCAUCUUUAUUAUUGUCAUAAUUAUUGUAACUGUGAUUGUUAUACUAUGUCGUAGAUCAGCUACUCGUAUUGGCAUAACUACCUCCUGGCGUAAUUAGUAUUCAUAAUGAUUUUGUGAUUUCUAUUGAUGUUAUGGUAACUUGCGCGGGCUGCUUGUAAUGCAUGUGGAUCGGUGGUGAAAUCACAGUGAUUUUUGUAACGGGAACACGUCACUUAUAUUGCUGAAGUGCAACGUGUGGCUGGUCCACCUGCGUUACAGUCGGUGCGUGGGCUGGUCUCACCAUCUUCAAGGAACAGCGAUUCAGGUGCGAUAUUAUGAUCGAUGCUUAGUUUUUAUCGGACGGCUUAUGUUCAAAUCGAUAUUAUAUUUCGACUUCAACAUGGCUAUGAGUUCUUGAGUAUUAACAUGUAAAGAAGAUGAUGGGAAACGCCUAUUAUUAUGCUUGUCAGACUAUAAAAGCUCUUCCAUAAAAACAGAAAAACUGUGACGAAUUGCUUCCAGAAACGGUCUAAAUAAUGUUUCAAAUUAGUGUUUUUACAUGAGAGACAUUGCAAUAUAGUUUAGUGUUUUAUUUUUUCUAAAGUUACCAUCAGUUUUCUGCUAGCCUUAUUUUGUAAUGGUUAAUUUUAAACUAUUAUCGAGCACUGGUCAAGGCGCUUGCGUGCCGUGAUUGGUCGAGGUGAAUAUGUAUAUAUUGCAAUAGGAGUGUUUCAUUGGGCUGAAGGUGUCUUCUCGGAAAAAUAUAUGUAACAAAAGUAUGUAGUCGUUAAAAGAAAAUGAGAAGAUGUUCGAAGUUCUAAGAAAGUUGGUUCUGACUGAUUUAUUUUGAAUUAUGUUACUGAGAUCUGAUUGGUUGCGUAUUUUAUACACGCUUGAUGAUAAAGUAUUAUUAAAAAUAUAUCUUACAGCACUAUUGUUUAUAACUAUGAUAAGAAAUCGACGAAUAAAGUCGUAUUUCGAUCGAUGACGUGAUGAAUCGAUGUCAUGAAAUCAUUCUCUAUAUUGUGUAAUCAAGCGAAAGUGUGUAAUAUGUAAACCAAACGCUAUGUGCAUCUUAAUUGAUUUGCGUGCUCUUUUUAAAAUUAGCCGUCGUUGAAGCAUUUAUUAAAACUUUUUUUGUAUUUUAAGAAUAGCCAAAAGACAUUGAAUUGUUUCGGAUAUGUGUUGCCAGUUAGGUUGCAUUGUUUAUGGGUGUGGAUAUAAAGUCAGAAUAGUAUUUAAUUUAAUUUGUAUGACGGAGUAGUUAUGAUGUUAUGUACGCAAGCGCCUGAAAUUAAUGCGACGUAUCAGAAAUCUUUGGGGUGGCCAAACAACAGUUUUGUGGCAAAACAAACUAAUAUGGAAUGCUAAAAUUCGAGUGAAACACGUUAAAACGCGAAUAAAUUAUUGCAGCUCGAUAAACCUAAUUACCCACCAUCCUCAGUGAUUAUUCAGACACGGUUUAAUUGUGAUUAAUGCGAAUACACUUAUAGAGAUGUGUGUAAUUUAUUUUUUAUGACCGCGUUUACCGCACGUCUAUUGAUAUAAAUCGUCCUUGUCGAGUUAUUUGGAAUUUUAAAAGGUUUUGUUUCAUUUGUAAACAAAAGAAGUCUCAUUCCAUCUUGCUGUCUUAAAAAAUACUUGCUAGAUUCAUUUUCUUCUUCCUAAACUCGUUCACGCGUCCGUUCCACUUCUUAAACUGAUUGAUGAAAUUUCACCGAAUCCAUUCUGUGUAAUUUCAGUAUUCAGUCAGAUAUGUUUAGAUAGUCUCAUUUAUUUCCAUUGAAUGUUCUAUGGCAUCAUGCGGAGAUUUAAGAAAUCUAAUUACCUUCUUUAUUGACUCUCACUUAUAAAUAAUCAUACAUAAUACUUAGAUCAAAUAUUCUGAUUCUACUUAAUAACUCGACCAGUGAAUUGUUUGCAUCGCUUAAAUUUAAUUAGUACACACUUCUCGUUAUGUAUUUGUUUUGCCUCCAUUCUGAUUGUUUGCCACGUCUUCGAUUGGACUGAAACUCGCGUGCCGCCCCGCUCGCUCAUAUGUUAAAAGCAAGCGGCCGGCAACUCUCGACUCUCUAGCUUAAGUCCGUAUCUAGAUGACGCGUAUUACGCGCCUGUUCUUCUAUAAUUUGAACGGGCCAUAUAAUAAGCCAGUACAUGUCAAUAUAAACGCGUACACGCGUAAUUAUAAUCGCGUAAUACGCGCCAGAACAAACGCGUAACACGCAUCAUCUAGACACGGCCUAAGGGUUGCUAGUUUUACGCCUUACGUUGUCUAAGCUUAAUGUUAGGUUAUCAAAUAUAUUUACAUCGUAGCUAUUAUUUUUCUCUUCCAAUUUGCCUGUUUCGUGAAACACGAAGCGCUGAGAUGUUGUUGCGGUACAUAAUUACUAUAUAUUUGUGAGGAGUUUUAAGCUAUUGUAAAUUUUACAGAAAAUUAAAUAAAAAUGUUGUGAAAAUAAAUUAUAAAAAAGUGAUAAACAGUGAA